AGGCGGAACUCAGUGGAGCAGGAAUGGGUACAGUUCUGAUGCAGCUGGACAGGAUCUGACACAGGCAUGGGCUGUCAGCAUUAGCUGCGGUGUAAUCGUUUACGUUGGACCGGGCAGUACAGACAUAACCUAGAAGUCGUUAGUAACGUCGCCUUAGUGUAGAAAAUCCGACAAAAUGAUGCGUUUCAUGCUGCUUUUCAGCCGGCAAGGGAAGCUGCGUCUGCAGAAGUGGUACACAGCCACAGCUGAGCGCGACAAGAAGAAGAUGGUCAGGGAGUUGAUGCAGAUAGUGCUCGCCCGCAAACCAAAGAUGUGCAGCUUCCUAGAAUGGAGGGACCUCAAGAUUGUCUAUAAAAGGUAUGCCAGCUUGUAUUUCUGUUGUGCAAUUGAAGAGCAGGACAAUGAGUUGAUCACAUUGGAAGUCAUCCACCGCUUUGUAGAGCUGUUGGAUAAGUACUUUGGCAGUGUAUGUGAGCUGGACAUCAUCUUUAAUUUUGAGAAGGCCUACUUCAUUCUAGAUGAGUUCCUGAUGGGAGGAGAGAUCCAGGACACGUCUAAGAAGAGUGUCCUCAAAGCCAUUGAACAAGCUGACCUACUGCAAGAGGAGGAUGAGUCCCCUAGGAGCGUGUUGGAGGAAAUGGGCUUGGCGUAGUAUACGGCAGCAUUAUGAGAGACUGUAGAUACUAGAGCAGAGGGCUGAAUGAUGGGACGGGACAGAAUCUGGGACUGAACAUGCUUGGACUGACGAUGUUGGUUCUGUGUUAUCUGUGGCUCUGGUGACUGUGUUUAACUGGGGAAUAGACUCAGUUAAGAAUGGAAGAUUAUUGCAUUGACAGGCCCUUUAUCCGUGUGCGUGCGUGCGUGUUUGUGUGAUCUGUGUGUGGGGUAGAGGGAUUGGGAUAAAUUUAAACUUGUGUGUGGCUGCAGGAGGGUUGUGUGUUCUAAUUUUUAAAGAGGUGAGAUGGAGUCCAGCUUUGCUUAUCUGACAGUUAAGAUAAAACCCACAAUGAAUACUGACAUUAGUAGUUUGACUGAUGCGUUGAUGCAAAGGGAUGGGUGACCACUCUCAUCGUGAAGUUUUGUCAGGUACUGAAGGUAGAUUGACAACAGGUAAGGAAAUUAGACAGAAAAACAUAACUGGGCGUGUCUGAUCAAUCAAUAUUUUUUGUAUUUCAGUAUCAACAUUUCUCAUGAAAAGACCAAAACUAACAAUGUGUUAGUCUAUAUAUGAGUACUUUCUCAUUUUCAUACCCUGUCUGUUUCUCUUUGCCCCAAGCCCAUUGGUUUGUACGAAUGAAUACUAUAAAGAGGUCACAAAUGUAGUUUCGUUAAAAAAAAUAAAAAAUAGACUCAGUAAUUUCCUAAAACAGUUGGCCGCUGUAGUUUUUAACAAACGUUACUCUGGUUACUAGGGUGUAGUGCAUUUGAUGGGGACUAUUUUCAGUGGCGGAAUAAUCUGCAUUUUCUGCUCUAGUGUUUAUUUCCAGCAUGUUUCCUGUAUGUGGAAUUGGUCAAAAGUAAACUACAGUGUGUGUCCAUGGUAAUGAAGGCAUGCGUCACACUGCAACAGGCUUACUGAUGGGUUUGUUUUUAAUAGGUUUUGGAAAAGAAUAUGGCAUAGAAAAGAUGCAGUAUCAGGUUUUGAUACACUAAGUACUUGUUUGUAUGAUACAUUCAUUGUUGGUUUGGCUCUGCACAUGGGAUUUGGUAACAAUCAGAAAAACUUUACCAUUAAAGUACAAUUCUGUGUUUAUACAAUCCUGUGUUCCCAUUGGUUAUGUACUUGACAACAUAUAACAAGGAAAAUAACACACACUGUGCAGUUGAAACACAGAAACAGAAUGUUUGUUCCACCACUGAAGUGUCUGGCCUUCAUUUCAGCCUCUGUCUGAAACAAGCUGUAGAGCCUCCCCUCUCAAGCUGAUGAUACACAGAGCAACCUUUAGAGCAAUGGUGCUGGGCAAUGUUGCCGUCAAUGCUAAUGAGUAAAGAUUACCACCAUAAUCCCCUUCUCCCACCACUCCUCCGCCCCGCCGCUGUCCAUUCAAAACAUAGUCGGACUUACCACCAGUAAGAUUGCCCAGCAACAUUACUCAAAAAGUCAGCUUCAAAGCCUACUGUCUUCUGAUUGGCCAAGACCUGAAGCAUGUUACCAGGCUGUUGUUGCCGCUGAGUGGUACUGACAGACCGAGCGUUGCUGUGCGGCACAAAUGACCAUAUAUGGAACACCAGCUCCGUCUGGUUCCGUAUGUCGUAGAACAGAACCGUUGGUAGAAAAAGCAGUUCAAAACAGAGUGUUUAGAAGAAGAGGACAUCUGAGGUUUUUGCUAACAGGGAUUUCUUUUAAAUACUUUAACGAUCUAAGCAGCUUAGAAGCGGCUAAAGCAGGCGACCCGGAGGGGUUUAAGAGGCGUUUAAUGGAGACCUGCAUUUAUUUGUCAAAAUUUGUUCCCACACCAGGCCAGUAAACGGGGUAGGCAGCUAUUUGAGACUCUGCUAUUUAUUGUUUUAAGGUACAUAAGGCAACCCCCAAUAUUAUAUUAUCUGCCAUUUUAUAGGAGCAACCACAAGUGCGCACACAACCACUAUAGGUACUGUCGGUCACAUUUGAAGCAGGAAGUAGCUCAGAAAGAUGAAAUUUACAGUUCAAAGCUAGAUGAUCCAACACUUCUUAAUCGUGAGACGUUUGUCAUAAACAUCUGUUACAAUUACUUGAUCUGAUGUUUUAUGAAUUUCUAUAAAAUUUUCUUGGAAUUCAUUUUUUUCUGGGGUUGGCCCAUCUAACCUAACACGAUGGGCCCGGGGUGAUGAACUGCAUUGUGGAUUUUGAAUAAUGAACCAAAGGCAUUUGAGAUUUCCAUCACAGCCUAAAAUAACUUUUUUACUUUACUUUUUUAGUAAGUGGACUGAUGUACCAGAUGAGAUGGAAAUGUCGAGUUUGUCUAACUUUAACAAAGAGAACAUUGAUGGAAACUAGGGCUGCAGCUAAUAAUGAUUUUAGUACUUGAAGCUUCUAUAGAUUAUUUCAACGAUUCAUUGAUGCGUCGUUAGAAGUACUUUUGCUUGGCGGCAAAAUGUGACCUUGUCUGUGGCAGAACACCGGGUGAUUUCUGAUCAGAUGCCGUCGUGCUGUUAGGCCACAUAAGUUUUAUUUUACGCUGGACGGACUGUGACAUUACAGAGUUGUUUUCUUUUAACUUGAAAUAAUCCCAUACUUUGGACACUUUCUUCUUCGUCCCUCGCUAUUUUCUCUCUCUUCCUCCACUUUGCAAACAAUAAUCAUCAUAAUCACGUUCUGUUCACAACGUAAGCCCGAUUUGCGACAGUAAUGCUAUAUAUAUAACAGUGUGCUAUAUAGUUAUAUUGCUUAAAUGAAGCCUCGAUGCAAAGAAUUUGAGUAAACAAAUGUAUCGAUUUAAUCGAUGAAUCGUUUCAGCCCCAGUUAUAAUUUAUCUUUUGAAUGUGCGGUUGUUAAUGAUGCUGGUGAUCUAGGUUGGAUGUCUGUGUGAAGUGCCAUCUCAGGCAGGAUGAGCAUCAGCAUGAGUAAUGGAAGUCAGUCAUGGAAAGACCAGGAUCACACAUGUUCUUCCUGUAAGUGGUGCCUGCAUUGUUCAAGUUAGUUAAUCAUUUAAUUUAAACAAAGUGCAUUUCUUAAAGGGUGGCAACCAGUUUUGAAUGUAUUAUAUAGUGGCGCAGCAGUUUACCAGGAUCAUUGUAGGUACAUACCUCAAGUUUUUGUUUUUUCUGUCUCAGCUUGCCUUAGGUUUGACUCAGUUCAGAUCGGCUUGUAUAAAUCAUUCAGUGUCAUUGAGUGGGCAGGUGUAGUGAACGUUUCUGGGAAAUGUUUGUGUGGUCCUACAAAUCAAAAAAUCUUAUGUUUAUGCUUACACAUAAGGCUGGAGUUUGAUUGCAUUUUAUUAAAUCUGUCCAGAAUUGACUAAACUCAUUGAAUCUAACUAAAGAUAAUAAAUAAUCCAAACCCAAAUUGAAAUGACAGGCGGAGUCUACUUUGCAAAAGCAAUUACCUACUUGUUCCAAGAACUGGAAGUCCUGAUCCAGUGCUAUUAAGGUAAUAAACUGAAACUGUUGAUCUGGGAGAUUCCAGCUCCUGAAAGAGAUGUGACGUGAUCACCUACAUAGAUUUUCAUCAUAGAAGACUCACCACUCUGUUGGCCUUAUUGAAUUACAAAAGCACUUGUCUACUUGUAGUCAGAGUGAUGUUACAGAGUGGUGGAAAUGACAUUUUACUGAGUACAGACACCAGCUUUCAGAUAGCACAUCCAGACAGCCAAGCAAGGGAAUUAAAUGUAUGUGUGGAACAAGCUACAGUUGAAAUAAUCUGUUGCGGUCAAUAUUUAUCAUUUUAACUGGUGAGACAAAUAUUCCAAAAUUGGAACCAAAACCGUACCAGAUAAUACUGAGUGAAUAUGAACUGUCGCACUCCUGGUAUUUAAUCUAAUGUUAGUGUGUGCAUUGGUGUGUUCUUAUGCAUGACAUGUUCACUUCAUAAAAAGCUGUGGACAGGGAUGAGAAUGUUAGCAUAUACUAUAAACUUCUGUGCAAUCACAUGUAGGGUUAAUCCAAAAGCUCAUAACUGAUUAUUCAUCAUAUACUGUAGAGUGAAUCAGAUUUUAGAAAACCAGAAAAACUAUUCACGAAAAUAAAUUCAUGCUUAAACAUGUUCACUCAGCUUGUCUCAUCAGGCAAGUCAUAUGGUAUCUUAGGAAAAAAAUGAAUGAAUUGCUAAUUUCACUCAGCUGAAUCCGUCAAAUAUUUUUUGAAAAUAAUUUCUCUUAAGCUAUAUCAUUAUAUUAAUUCUAGAUGUCUUGUUUCAGUGGUUGUCACUUCUAGGGUUUUGUUACAUUUUACAAUCUUAUGUAAUCCUACAGAGGAAAAUCGUCCUGGUAUUGCCUCAAAAUGUAGGCAUGUUUUUCAUUAUACAGGGAUAUCGUUUGUACAGUGUCCUCUCAGGAGUUCUGGACAAAAACCUCUCUCUCAUUUCUAGUAGGAAAUUUAUGUGGUUGUUGCAAAAUGGGUAAAGGAAAGAUUUAAAGUUGGAAGCUGGAGUCUACAGGAGGAUUGUAGCUUGAGCUUGACUGUGGACUGUUUUGCUCAAAGAGUUGCUUUACUGCAACCAUAGUGAGAUAAAAAUAUAUAUCUAUUUAUCUCUUCAAGUGAAAAUGGAUUACAAUUAUUCAUUGAAACAUAGUCUGAUUGUUUUUUGCUUUUUAAAUAAGAAGUCAGAAUUUUGGCUCAUGACAAACUUAUUGACCACAUCAGCUAAGUUUCUCACUCAGAUCAAAAUGCUGCAGAAUCAGUUCAACCGCAGCUCAGGUGACUGUAAUAGAACGCUCAACGUCAGUGUUCUAAGAGUAAGGUCGCACUGUGAUCUAAAUGUUUUCUACAAUGUUAGGGAUAGAGUGAUGUACUGUGCCUACAUGUAGUGGAACAAAUGAAAAAGAAAAGCACAUGGGGAAGAGAGUCUGAAAAUGUGCCGAGGUACAAUCUGCUGAAAACUGCAGCAAAACAAAUCCAUCAGAUUGCCACUGAUGCCUGUGCAGGAUGUGAAAUAGCAUUAGGGACAAAUGAAUUGAGUUCUAAGAUUUCAUAGAAUAUUCUGAGAAAAGUCUUCAUUUUAAAUAUUGUCCUUUUUUCAGACUGUGGCCCUGAAGGCCUUACUAAUGUCAAUGUCAAACAAACUACUUUGUAGUACAUGUUCUCUAAUCACAUCUAAAAGCAAACAUGUUUCUAGCUGUCCUGAUUGUCCACACUGGAAGGUGGGAUGAAAGCCUGCUGUUGUUGCCUCCUCUAUUCUGCAUCCCACUGUCUCCCGCCAAGUAUUUUGUUUGUGUUACAUAAAUCUUUUUAGUCAUGAUGCAAAAACGGCUCACACUCAGUCUCUCUUUAUGGCGUUGCACUUUGUUGUACACACGUGAAAUGACGAAGGUAACAUCAAGUUUCACUUCUUCGCACACCUUGCCAAUUGCUGUGUGAGGUGGGCAUGGAUUGUCUGUUUCAGAAAGUAAAACAAAUUGGAAAUAGCCUCCUUAUUUUUGGUUUCACAAACUUUUGUACAUCUGAAAAUGCACCCACUUGCAGCCAAAGCUAUUUAUAAUUAACCUUCACCUCUGCUGCCCCUUUUCUCCUUUAUGGACCUUCUUUGAAUAGUGUGUUGAAUAAUGUUCUUCUACAUUGGGUAAGAUUUAUUUAAACCCAGCCUUUGUCAAGCUGGUCAAUCGGCUCAUCAUAUGCAACGGCUUAAUCAAUUUAGUGAUUGUAGUUUUGAUUUUAAAUCUUGUUAAAAUUUGUUUGUUCCCUACAAGAAAGAGAAGAAAAGGUGGUUGAGAGAGCUGUAAAGGGGCCCUAGUGUUGGAAAGCGGAAGCUCUGGGAAUCUUUAUAGUGUUGUACAGGCAAAGGCUAAAGGGACUCAAUGUGUGAAUGUAAUUUUAUAACGAAAUAAAAGAUUUUAAACUGAA